AUGCUGCUCAGCCUCUCCAACGAGCUUGUAGAUUCUGUUAUAUACUUCUUGGACCGAAAAGACAUCCCCUCUGUCAGGCUAGUUUGCCGCCACCUCCACAAGGCAUGCCAACCGCGCUGGGAAGCUCGCGUCUUUGACACACUCAAUUUUACGCUCUCCGAGACAAAUAUCGACGAGCUUGAAAGUAUUAUCCAGCUAGCGACGGGAAGAGAAGAGGUUCGCCGCAUAUGGUUUCUCAGCAGUGAGGCGUUUGGUGCGCAUCUGCACUGGCCGCGCGACGCCGACGGAUUUGCCCGUCUGGACUCGGAAAAUGUCGCUCGCAUUGUCCGCAUUCUCACAAAGUCAUUUCCAAACUGUACAACCGUGGAAGUUCUGCGAGACUACCAUCAUGGGGCGGUGCGGGACGAGACGAGCCUCUCAGCAGCAGAUGUGCUGUCCAUCAUCUUCCACGCCAUGGGGCUUGGCAUGCCGCCCAUCGACCACUUCUUUAUCAGCUUAGAGACUGUCCCUGCUGAGAUGGAUCUCUGCCGAAUCCUUCCAUCGUCAUACUCCUCACCGUCGUUCUGGGAGGCGUGGGCAAAGAUCAAAACACUUCAAUUGGCGAUCCGCCUACGAGCAAAUGGCGAUGAUGCGCAGAUUGCUGCUGAUUUGGUAUGCAGAGCCAAGAGCCUCACAAGGCUGCAGAUGCGCGAUACACACGGAACAGUUAAUAGAAUCUGCGUGUUUCAAUGUAUCAAGCAGGCUGCGAGCUUCCCGAGUCUUACCCAUCUGAAAUUGGACGGCAUCAGCUAUCUCAGUCCGGCAUCACUGAUUGCGCUACUGGACCGAGUAACAAACACUCUUACACAUCUCUCACUUCAAUAUCUAAAGCUAAAUGGAUCAGCAAAGGAAGUAUUUGAAUAUUUGAAGGGAUCAUUUGGACAUCUGAGUGCUGUUUCGGUACAUUCUAUGGAGCAGGCCAUUGCCAAUCAGCCCAUAGAGACAACCGUCAUCUUCUUCUGUCCAAUACGACGCAAAAUUACUAUAAGCAUGAAUGGUGAUGAUGGAUUCCGUGUUAAUGACGGCUGGGAUCGCCUUUCUAGACGAAGAUUCUGUGUCAUGGGGGUGUGGUAUCGAGGACCAGAGAUGGGACAUGCCCUCAGUUUGUUGUCCGAAUGCAUGUACUUGGCCUCGGAGCCGCCAGCUAAUAUAACAGAAUACUCUCCCGACCCUCCAAGAGAGUUCCAUGAAGGUUAUGGAGAUUUGGAACUAUCCACAUGGAAGUGGAAUACCGCCUAA